AUGAAUCAAUCUGUUUCUGGCGAGUAAGGAAAGCAAACUCCUAACACUUCUUUUCAACGUAGACAUUUGUCUCAAAGCAUCGGAGGAAACUAAUCUUAAAGAAUCCUCACCUAACCCUCAUCUUUCAUGCAAUCUCCUAUGUAGGAUGGAACUGCAACUCUUUCUGGUGAAACUGGAUACAUAAACUGGGGAACAAAUAUUAAUACAUAAGAAUGUAGUAACAAAUUCGAAAAGUUCUUGUUAGAAUUCAAGGCUAUUCCUUCUGAUGAUCAUGACAUGUUAGAUGAAAACGCUAGUGAAGUUAACAUUUAUGUUGAAAAAUUCAAUUAAAUGGCUGCUCUUGAAUAAUACAUAUUGACAUUUGAUGGCUAACAUCUAUUGCAGUUUGAUAAGAUUCUCUACUACCAACUUAUUUUCUUCCCUGCUGAAGUUAUUCAAAUAUUCGAUAAAGUAGCACAAUCCAUUUUUAGAGAACGUUUUGCUUAGAAUGAAACUCAAGUUGAAAAGUCAAACUCAGUCUUAGUUGCUGUAGUCAAUAUUAAUAAAAGUACCUAACUUAGAGAUUUGCGUCAUAAGGAUAUCAACCGUUUAGUUUCCAUCAAGUGUAUUGUAAUUAGAGUAUCAGAUAUCUAUCCUGAAAUGAAGAUGGCUGUUUUCAAGUGCAGUAGAUGCAGCCAUUCAGUUAUUGUACCUCUUGAAAGAGCUCAUGUUGAUGAACCUAAUGAUUGCGAAAGUUGUCACACUAAAAACUCUUUCAUGAUUCAACAUAAUUUAUCUCACUUUACUGAUAAGUAGUAUAUAAAGAUCUAAGAAUUACCAGAAAAAGUGAGGGAAGGUGAAACUCCUCAAACUGCUACUUUGAUGGCUUAUGACAAUAAUUUAGUUGAUCAAGUUAAACCUGGUGACAGAGUCGAAGUCGUUGGUGUGUUUAGAGCAGCAGGAGUAAGAAAGAAUAAAAAUAUAAGAACCUUGAGAUCCGUCUAUAACACUUAUAUCGAUGUCGUCUCAUACUCUCUUUUAAGCAAGCAAAAGUUAUAAGAAGAAAAAAUCAAUUUUUCCGAAGAAACCAAAAGAAAGCUUUAAGAAAUUGCUGACAGUGAAAAUGUUUAUGAUAAACUCAUUAAAUCAGUAGCACCAUCUAUUUGGGAAAAUACUGAUGUUAAGAGAGGUCUUCUUUGUCAACUUUUCGGUGGUAGUGUUAAGACUAUUCACGAUGCUAAAGACAGCAGAACUAGAGCAGAAAUCAAUUGCUUAUUGGUUGGUGAUCCUUCUGUUGCUAAAUCCCAAAUGCUUAAAUACGUUCACAACUUAGUACCCAGAGGUAUUUACACAUCUGGUAAAGGUUCUUCUGCAGUAGGUUUGACUGCAUACGUAACCAGAGAUCCUGAUACUAAAGAAAUAGUUCUUGAAAGUGGUGCACUAGUACUUAGUGAUCUAGGUAUUUGUUGUAUUGAUGAGUUUGACAAGAUGGAUGAAAAUACAAGAACUAUUUUACACGAAGCUAUGGAAUAAUAAUCUAUUUCUAUUGCAAAGGCAGGUAUUGUUGCUACUUUGAACACAAGAACUGCAAUUUUGGCUGGUGCUAAUCCAAUAGAUUCCCGUUAUGACCCCAAGAAAUCAGUCAUCGAUAAUAUAAAUCUCCCUCCUUCUUUACUUUCUAGAUUUGAUUUGAUCUAUAUUUUAUUAGAUAAUCAUGAUGAAAGAAAAGAUAUUUAAUUAGCUUCUCAUAUCUUAAAGCUUUUCUCUAAUUCAAGCUAGCAUAGACUUACUCAAGGAUAAAAUAGUGGAUACUCUGAUAUUGAUAUUAUUGAUAAAGAUACACUUAUCAAGUAUAUUGCAUAUGCUCGUUAAGAAAUUCAUCCCAAACUUACUUAGGAAGCUGCUGACAGACUAGUUUAAGGAUAUGUUGACAUGAGAAAGGUUGGUUUAAGCAAUAAAGUUAUUACUUCAACUACCCGUCAACUUGAAUCAUUAAUUCGUAUUUCAGAAUCUUUGGCAAAAAUGAAACUAAGUGAUUAGGUUACAGUUGAAAAUGUAGAAGAAGCUAUCAGAUUAAUGAAGGUUGCCACACAAAGUGCUGCUACUGACCCUACAACUGGUCUAAUUGAUAUGGAUAUGCUUGCAACUGGUAUAUCAGCUUAAAAGAAAUAGAGAAUUUUAGACUUAUCAGAUUAAAUCCGUGGUUUGGCUAAAUCCAAUUAAGGUGUAUUCAAAAAGGGUAUUUCAGUCCAUGAAUUGCGUUAAUUGUUAGCAAACAAAGAAAAUAUAUAAAUAAUCAAGAUCGAUGAAUAAGAAGUUAUAUCAGCAGUAAAUAUGUUAGUAGAAGAAAAUUUACUCCUUAAGAUGGGUAAUAAUAAGAAUCCAAUUAUAAAAUUAUAAAGUAUCGAAGAGUGA